AUGGGGAACCGCGUGACGAUCCAUCGCGCGUGUGAGUGUGGAGACCUGGUGGAAGUGCGUCGGUUGCUGAGGACCAUGACGAUCGAGGACCUCGAGGCAACGGAUGACAGCGGCCGCACGCCACUGCUACUCGCUGUCGCUCGCUUUAUACCGUUGCCUAGUCACGAGGAGCGGCCGCUGGACGAAGCCUUGGACGAUCCUGAUGGUUUUAUCAACAAUGACAGGGAAGGCGCUGAUUGGUUGAGUCAAGGACAAGAAAAAAGACAGGAACAACCCCGACGCAAUGGAGUACAUGGCACUCGAGAGGGGGACAAGAGACAGCUGGUCAGGUCAUCCAAUGAGGCAGAGAUUUUGCACCUGCUGCUUCAACGUCGAGUGAACGUGGACCACAAGGACGAAAAUGGACGGACCGCUUUGCACCAUGCGUGUUUUGCGCAGAAUGCAGUGGCCAUCAAGAUGCUCAUUCAUGCCGGGGCACGGCCAAUGAGAGAGAGCUUUGGCUUGCUGCCGCAGGAUCUGUUGCAGAGGGGACACAUGUCCGAGUGGGCGGCGCAAGCACAAGAGCUGAAAGAGCUGCUGGAUCAAAUUACAGACAAGAGUUUCUACACGAUGAAGCUGCUGGCAUUCCGACCGAGUGGGAUUGUCCAGCUAGACAUGGGCGGCCAGGUCGAGAAAGGGUCUUUUGUCACGUUGGAGUACGACGUGCCGGAGACGCAUUCGGCAAAGGAUUACAUUCAGGUGCUCAUCUCUGAGGCAGCAUCGGCCGACAUUCAGAUGGGGUCUUACCAUCAUGUGCCGGUAGGUGGACGUGGCCAGCUGACGAUCAGUACGAAGGAUAUUCCGGCAGCGAGUACAGUUCGCUUCGUGUACGUAAAGAGCGAUAUCAACACGAUGUCUCGAGAGGUGGUGGCUAGCGGUUGUAACGCAGUGGUACAGGCUUCGGUCGGCGAGAUCUUUCAGUACGAGUUGUUCUUGUACGAUCGUGUGGUGGAGGUGGAGAGCAUUUCCGAGUUCGAGUUUAUCGAUCAACCACUGAUUGUGCUCAAGCGCAUUGGUAUAGUCGUCAGCGAGGACAUCGAUUGGGUCGAGAUUCGCCCGGAUAAUCAUAUCGUUGCAGUGAACGAUAUUCGCAUCGACGCCAUGGAAUUCGCAGACGCCGUACGCAUAUUGCAGGACAACAAUGGCCGACAAUGCACAAAGCUACUCGUGCAAAAUUACUCGGCGUGCGGCGACUUCAUACCAGAGAAGAUCCUUGGCGUGGGUGUCGUGGAGAAGUACGCAUACUUGCGUCCAGUGGAUGGAGAGCAGGAGAUCGAAGGUCACGAAGCGACAGACGAAGCGUGGAUGCAGGGCAGAUGUGACAAUUACAACGAGGAUGUCGGUAAUGAUGUAGCUACGAACAAAGACGUGGGCUUGAGCCUGUUGAACACCUUUCCGUCGGCAGUUCAGCUGUCAGAGGACACAAUCGGGACUUCUUCGCCGCCGGUUUCGGUAUCGUCGCUACAGUCUCAGGAUGAGGCAAUUGCAGCAGCACAAGGAGCGACUGCUGACUAUGAUGAGGAUCUACCCGCGAUGGACGAGGGAAAGAAUAGCUGCUCGUCCUCAACCAUCGAAACGGUGGUGCCCCUGCAGAACUCGCUGGAGCUCCUGGCUCAACUCCAACACGGGAUCUCGAUCGGACACGCUGCCAGGUGA